AUGAAUCUACAAUCCAUCCUUUCCGAAAACACGCCGCCUCCUGCUGCCUACUCCCAUAACAAUGUGCCCCACAGUAAUCCAUCGAGCUUGGGUCCAACGAAAGGCACCGCUUCGGCACCAUACUUGGCCAAUGGUAUGUCCGAAGAUCCGGCGCUUUUCUCCCACGUCGAUCUGAGCUAUUUGAAAGACUUUGAAGACCGGGUCACGGUUCUUACUAGACUCGAUCAUGCUAUGGCUCGGGCACAGAAUCUUUCCAUUAUCGCUGCUGAGCGUGAACGUUUGACGUCUGCCAUUAGCAGAAACGAGUCUUUCGCCUCCAAUUACAUGGACAGAAUGGUUAUGGAAGAUGUUUUGGCUGAUCCUAAUGCGUCUCGAUCUCUUCGAACGAUCAACUGGGGUUCUACCAGAACACAUCCCGAUGAAUCAGAGUUGGAAGCUAAGAGACUUCUGCUCGUGGAAAAUGCUGCUGCACUUCUUCUGGCCGAUCUCAAAGACGAUGGCGAUCUUGUGGAUGAUGCGACUGGUCUGAAAAGAGCUGCCUCUUUUGAAGCUAACGAUACUAAGAGACGGAAAGCUGACGAUGAUGGUAUUGACAAAUCUCGCUCGCGUGACGCCAAAGAAAACGGUAGACUCCGCAUUAAGAUGUCAUUGAAAGAGGCUGAGAAUGCUGCGGAAUCUUCUCCUGCUGCUGAUGCGAAGUCGUCUCCAACAAAGACAAAGGAGUUGAAGUCUGUGAUGAAACAAUACGAUAACACUUUUGUCGCCAUUUGGAAAGAUAUGUCCAGAAAAGAUGGUCCUAAGGUGUCUCGAUUAAUGCAACAAAGCAACCAGGCCAAAUUGAUAAACUUGAAGAAAACAGCCAUUUUGGCAUCAAGAGAAGCCAAACGUUGGCAGUUGAAAAAUAAUAAGAACCAGAAGGAUUUGACUUCAAAAGCCAGACGUGCCAUGAGAGAAAUGUUCAAUUUCUGGAAGCGUAAUGAAAGGCUUGAAAGGGAAGCCCGCAAAAAGCAUGAGAAGGAGAUCAUGGACAAGGCCAAGAAAGAAGAAGAAGACCGUGAAGCAAAGAGACAAUCGAGAAAGUUGAACUUCUUGAUCACACAGACAGAGUUGUAUUCGCAUUUCAUCAGCAAAAAGAUCAAAACAAGCGAAAUUGAAGGUUCUGAUUCGGAUCCAAAUUUGAAGGCUGCAAAUGGCUCGAGUCAUUUGGAUAAAUACCAUGGCGUCGAAGGGGCUGCUACGGACUUCAACUCUAUCGAUUUUGAUGAUGAUGACGAAGAAGCGUUGCACAGAGCUGCUGCUGCUAACGCACAAAAUGCAUUAAACAGUGCCAAAUCCAAGGCUGAAGCUUUUGAUGACGAUCCAUUCCGUAACCCAGAUACCAAUGGUGAGGAAAUGAACUUCCAGAAUCCUACAUUAAUUGGAGAUAUGAGUGUUACUCAGCCAAAAAUGUUAAAGUGUACGUUAAAGGAAUAUCAAGUGAAAGGAUUGAAUUGGCUAGCAAACUUGUAUGAACAAGGUAUUAAUGGUAUUUUGGCCGAUGAGAUGGGUUUGGGUAAAACCGUUCAAAGUAUUUCUGUCUUGGCGUAUUUGGCCGAGACGCACAACAUAUGGGGUCCAUAUUUGGUAGUGACCCCCGCAUCCACAUUGCACAACUGGCAACAGGAAAUCUCCAAGUUUGUUCCAGAGUUCAAAGUUUUACCGUACUGGGGUAAUGCUAAAGAUCGGAAGGUUUUGAGAAAAUUUUGGGACAGGAAGAGUGUCAGAUAUGGAAAGGAUGCGCCAUUUCAUGUGUUGGUGACGUCCUAUCAGUUGGUUGUUGCCGACGCGCCAUACUUCCAGAAGAUGAAAUGGCAAUAUAUGAUCUUGGAUGAGGCCCAGGCCAUCAAGUCCUCUCAAUCCUCGAGGUGGAAGUCUUUGUUGAGCUUCUCUUGCCGAAACCGUUUGUUACUUACUGGUACCCCUAUUCAAAAUUCCAUGCAAGAAUUGUGGGCAUUAUUGCAUUUUAUCAUGCCUUCGCUUUUUGACUCGCAUGAUGAGUUUAGUGAUUGGUUUUCUAAAGAUAUCGAAAGUCAUGCGCAGUCAAACACACAAUUGAACGAGCAACAGUUGAAGCGUUUGCACGUUAUUUUGAAGCCAUUCAUGUUGAGACGUGUGAAGAAGAACGUUCAGAGUGAACUUGGUGACAAGGUAGAAAUCGAUAUCUACUGUGAUUUGACAAACAGACAAAAGAAGUAUUACCAAAUGUUGAAAUCCCAGAUUUCCAUUAUGGACUUGCUAUCUAAUAGCUCUAACGAUGAAAGCAACCAGUCAUUGAUGAAUUUGGUGAUGCAAUUCAGAAAAGUGUGCAAUCAUCCAGACUUAUUCGAAAGAGCUGACGUGGAAUCUAGCUUUACAUUUGGUACAUUUGCGGAGACAAGCUCCUUUUUACGUGAAUCAGAGUUAGAACUUUACUAUUCCUUGAAGAAUCUGAUUCACUUCGACUUGCCUCGACAAAUUUAUCAAGAGUUACUAGUCCCUAGCGAAAAGAGUAACGUUGGUUCUAAAAACAAAAUUUAUGAGAUGUUCAGCAUUUACAACCCUGAAAAUAUAACACAUGACGAUACUUUGGACAAUUUUGGGUGGUUAAGAUUUGUUGACGCAUCCCCAGCGGAGUUAAAACAAUACACCAAGAAAAACCUUCUUGAGAGAGCAAUUUCAUUGCGUGAGUACUCAAGUAUUAAUUACGAUGGUAUUAAUCGUUUCAAGUACUUUUAUGAUGACGAUGAACAAUUUGUUCCUCAAAACAAACGUCUCUUGAUCCUGGAACUCAAUAACGAUAAUUGCGUCAAAUCAAACUCCGUCGUUUUCAACCAACUAUUUUCAAUUAAGGACAAAGUUUAUGUUGAUAUGUAUAUGAACGUCCUUCAAGCUGCUGCUCAUCCAAAGGUAUCAUCCGCUCCAAUUAAUUUGAGAUGCAGCAAUUACAUGUGUUCUCAAGACUACGACACAGUGUUAUUCGAUCAAGAAAUCAGAUCGUCCUUAGUGCCACUCUCAUUGAAUACGGAGCUUGAUUUGAUGAAAGACAAAGUACCUAUAUCUGAGUAUCCAAAGUCUGACAUGCUUCCGGCACCAAUCAACAAUUUCAUCGAUUAUUCUAAUAUCCGGAUGCCUUCGAUGACUAGGUUCAUUACUGAAUCCGGUAAGUUGAGUAAGCUUGACAAAUUAUUAGAUGAACUCAAACAGAAUGACCACAGAGUGUUGGUUUAUUUCCAAAUGACGAAGAUGAUGGACUUGAUGGAGGAAUUCUUAACCUUCAGACAGCAUAAUUAUGUCCGUUUGGACGGAUCCUCGAAGUUGGAAGAUAGAAGAGACUUGGUUCAUGACUGGCAAACAAAGCCUGAAAUAUUUGUUUUCCUUUUAUCUACAAGAGCUGGUGGAUUAGGUAUUAACUUGACUGCUGCAGAUACUGUCAUCUUCUAUGAUUCCGAUUGGAAUCCAACAAUUGAUUCCCAAGCCAUGGAUAGAGCUCACAGAUUGGGCCAAACAAAGCAGGUUACAGUGUACAGACUCUUGACGAAGGGUACAAUCGAAGAAAGAAUGAGAGAUCGUGCCAAGCAAAAGGAACAGGUUCAACAAGUUGUGAUGGAAGGUAAAUCUUCCUUUGGAAAGAAGAAGGAGGAUACAGCAAGCAAGAAGAAGGAUGUUGCUUUCCUCCUUUUGGGCGGGGAUGAAAAUGGCGACUCCAAUUCCAAGGAUACGUCUGGUGAAACUAGCACUGAGGCGUCAACACCCAAAGAACCCAUGUCCCAAGCAUUGGAGGCGAUGUAUCAUGAAGGCGAGGGUGAGUUUUCUGGCAAUAUCACACCUGUGCCGUAA